CACACCCUGGCACCUCUUCACCCACGCACACACCUGUCCAGCCAUGCCUCUGAUCUCUCCACCUUCUUGGCUCUGCGGAGACAAGAGGCCGGUGAUGGUCUGGGGUUGGCGAAGCAGGAGAUCAUUGGCUCAAGGGCAGAGAGGCGGUGCAGAGCCCAGGCGCUCCGCCAUCCCCAGUUUGCUGGCUGGCAGGAAGAGAAGAGGACAAGGGUUUCGAAAGGCAAAGUUCAUCCGGUGUCAGGGUGGACUUUUAACAGCCGACGUCAGCCCGGUUGUGCAAAACAGCAAGAGCAGUUGCUGAGAACGACCACAAAAACCUCUAGAUUACCACCUCUCCAUAGUCUCUCCAUCGCCAUGGGGUCUGCCUCGUCCAAGGAUGACACCCCCUCCCCCCAAACCCCGGAGGCUUCAGCCGCCUUCAGCCUGACCGACAUCUUCCUUUUUUCCAUCAUCAUCGGCCUCCUGACGUAUUGGUUUUUCUUCCGCAAGAAGAAAGAGGAGGUCCCGGAGUUUGCCAAAAUCCAGACACCAACAACAGGGGUGUCGACAAGCGAAGGCAGCUUCAUUGAAAAAAUGAAGAAGACGGGAAGAAAUAUUGUCGUGUUCUACGGAUCUCAGACUGGGACCGCUGAAGAGUUCGCCAACCGUCUUGCCAAGGACGCCCACCGUUAUGGGAUGCGGGGUAUGUCAGCUGACCCCGAAGAGUAUGAUCUGUCUGACCUGAGUCGCCUUUCGGAGAUCGACAAGUCCCUGGCGGUGUUUUGCAUGGCCACAUAUGGAGAAGGGGACCCCACGGACAAUGCUCAGGAUUUCUACGACUGGCUGCAGGAAACCGAUGCUGACCUCUCUGGCAUUAAAUUCGCAGUCUUUGGCCUCGGGAACAAAACUUACGAGCACUUCAACGCGAUGGGGAAGUACGUAGACAAGCGGCUGGAGGAGCUGGGCGCCCAGCGGAUCUUCGAACUUGGCCUUGGGGAUGACGACGGGAACCUGGAAGAAGACUUCAUCACAUGGCGUGAGCAGUUCUGGCCGGCGGUGUGCGAACACUUCGGAGUGGAAGCCACAGGGGACGAAUCAAGCAUACGCCAGUACGAGCUGGUUGUCCACACGGACCUCAAUGCAAACAAGGUCUACACGGGAGAAAUGGGCCGGCUCAAGAGCUACGAGAAUCAGAAACCACCGUUUGAUGCCAAGAACCCCUUCUUGGCCCAAGUUACCAAGAACCGGAAGCUCAACCAGGGCGGAGAGCGGCACCUGAUGCACCUUGAACUGGACAUCGCCAGCUCCAAAAUCAGGUACGAGUCAGGAGACCACGUGGCCGUCUACCCAGCCAACGACACUUCUCUGGUCAACCAGCUGGGUGAAAUCCUGGGCGCUGAUCUGGAUACGAUCUUCUCCUUGAACAAUCUGGAUGAGGAAUCCAACAAGAAGCACCCUUUCCCGUGCCCCACCUCGUACCGUGUGGCCCUGACCUAUUAUUUGGACAUCACGAACCCGCCACGCACCAACGUACUCUAUGAACUGGCUCAGUACGCCACGGACGCCAACGAGCAGGAGCACCUCCGCAAGAUGGCCUCUUCCUCGGCCGAAGGGAAGGCUCUGUACCUGAGCUGGGUUGUGGAGGCCCGAAGGAACAUCCUCGCCAUCCUCCAGGAUACGCCCUCCCUGCGGCCUCCGAUCGACCACCUCUGUGAGCUCCUCCCUCGCCUCCAGGCGCGCUACUACUCCAUCGCUUCAUCGUCUAAGGUCCAUCCCAACGCCGUCCACAUCUGUGCCGUUGUGGUGGAGUACACAACCAAAACAGGCCGGGUCAACAAAGGGGUGGCCACCACCUGGCUGAAGAACAAGGAGCCCCACGAGAACGGCCACAAGUCCAUGGUCCCCAUGUACGUCCGGAAGUCUCAGUUCCGGCUGCCAUUCAAAUCCAGCACGCCCGUCCUCAUGGUCGGGCCUGGCACGGGGAUCGCGCCCUUCGUGGGCUUCAUCCAGGAGCGGGGCUGGCUGAAGCAGCAGGGCAAGGAGGUGGGAGACACGGUGCUGUACUACGGUUGCCGGCACGCAAACGAGGACUACCUCUACAAGGACGAAUUAGCGCAAUUUCUCAAGGAAGGCGCCCUGACUCAGCUCAACGUGGCCUUCUCGAGGGACCAGCCGGAGAAGAUUUACGUCCAGCACCUGCUGAAGAAAAACAAGGCCAACGUUUGGAAGCUGAUCCAUGAAGAAAACGGGCACAUCUAUGUCUGUGGCGAUGCACGCAACAUGGCCCGGGAUGUCCAGAACGCCUUCUAUGAGAUUGUGGCCGAGUUCGGGAACAUGAGCCAGCAGCAGGCGGUGGAAUAUGUGAAGAAGCUGAUGACCAAGGGCCGUUACUCCCUGGAUGUCUGGAGUUAAGGGGUGGUGGUGGUAGAGGGAAGCUCGCUGAGUAGAAAGAGGAGGGUGCUUCUGAGGUGGCUGGGAGCAGGUUGGGGAGAGGACACCCCCCCCGGCUGUCCCUCUGCCUCCUACGCACUCCCUCUUAGACUGUGCCACAUGGGCUUCGGUAUUUCACAGAAAGGCUUGGCCAAGCCGAGACAGGCUCCUUUGGAGCACCAGGGAACACCAUGAUCUUUCUCAAUUUUUUUUUUUUAAUUUCCCCCUCUUUCUCGCUCUGCCAGGAAUUGUGGUGGUGGAGGAAACUUCUGUUAAAUUGGGGGGGUGAGGGUUACUUCCUCCCCCCCUCCAAUUCCAUCUGUCAGGUUCUGGCUGGAAAAGUCAACGCUGUCCCUUCCCUGCCUGGCAAGAACAUCUGCUCCCCUUGGACCGGCGCAAACGGGAGCCAGUGGGACCCCCUUCCUCCCAACUCCAAAAACCACAAUCCCCUCACUUUCUAUCCCCUUGACUUCUUCAAGAACGGUUUAAACCCCCUUUUUUGUUGAGGAUGCUGCGAUUCUGAACGGCCUGGCAGAGUGGCCUCGCGUCUCUCUUAAAGCCCCAGGCGAUGGGGGCCGCCUGGUUGAGGAAAUGGGAGGGGAUGGAAGGCUUUUGGGCAGAAAAAAAAAGAAUUUUUAGACUUGUUUCUCCCAGAUGAUGAUGCAGACGGGUGGUUUCCGCUGGAGUUGAGGGCCUGGGAGGGUCGCAGAAGCUUUUUUUCCCCACACGAAAUGAAAUUAAACCUUGGAUCCUUCCGGUGCGAUGUGGCACCCAAAGGCAGCGGCAAUGGAUUCGGUCGAGCGAGGGCCCUUGUUAGCUGGUGGCUCCUUUGCCCUUUCAUUCCCGGGGUCUCCUCUAAGCCAGCUCCCACGCCACCCCAUGACCUCCGAUCCUGCUGCUCCUUUGCGGGUGCGAUGAGACGCAGGGCCUGCCCUGAUGACAUCCCGGUUCGAGAGGAAGCUAGGUGGUUUUCCGACCGCCACGCUUCCCCCUGUUCCACGGCCCGGCUGCCUCCCUUCCGGCUGUGCCGUGCCACGGUCCGAGCGGAAGCCACUGUCCGCCACCCGACUGUGUCCGCUUGUCCCUCCGUCUACCAACCUGGUCGUGCAGAAUUGGCCAUGGAGUGUAUGUACUCCUAAGGAGGAUUGGCUUUUCGAAUAAAACUACCCAAUUCUUUC